GAGGAUUCGCGAUUGAUGCCAGUGCCGCCUCGUUGCCACUUCGCGGCCGCCUCGUAGGAUUGGGAAGGGGGUCCUGGUUCCACAUUGUUAUGUUGUUGCAGCUUCCAGCGCUCCCCGCCGACGUUCUCCCAUAGCCAUUUUGGCCAUCCAGAGGUUUCCAACCAUGAUCCUCCUAUUUUUAUGCUUCCAUAUCAUGUCCUCCUGGGCGGACGCUGCACGCCUCGGAGUUGAUAUUCAUCAGGCAGCUGACGAGUCUGACAUUGGACUCGUGAAUGUGCAUAGGGGCGCACAAGUUGACGCACUCGUCGCCGACCCCACACCAGAUGCAGAUCGCAGGAGGCUUCGUGACGAACAAUAUCAGCUGGACGACUGCAGCCUCGACCCGACAGACAUGGCCAAGCGGAUGAAGAUGCACAUUCCAGACGACACAAGCAGCCAACUUGGUCGUGAUGAUAGCACCCUGCUCCCAUUCAUCCGCAUGGCCCGCAACAUGGCGAAACGAAUUGUUUCAGACUGCAGGUUUAACCCGUGCACGGCGGACUCUGAUCACCACUGCGAUCGUUUGGCAAAUUUUCUGUUUUCACGGUGCCAACGGGUGGCUAGCGCCAUCUCUACUGCAGAACUUGUGGGCGUACGUGCAGGCCAACUGACGGGGUACAAAGAACGGCCGGCAAACGCACUCAUACUAUCAAGCCGCGCGUCGCGGUCACAGUUGGAGGACGCCCUCGUCGCUCAGAUGCCCAGCGACUCUUUGCUGCUGUAUGUUGAUUACUACAGAGCGGACGAGACACCUCUGCCAGUGCGCACUCGCGCCACGGACUCCUUGUCAGAGCAGAGCGUGGCACCGUCGUCCCAAGGCAGCGGCCUUCCAGGACAACAGCUUGUUCAUCACGAUUUCGGGUCGCUGGAUUUCUCAGCCGACGCCACGGUGCCGCGCAAGAUUUUGCAGAGUGAGUCCAAGUUCGGCAUGUUGGUGCAAUGCGGACAUCCACGCAACCAGUUUGCAAUAUGUAUUGGCAAUACCCUCAACUGGCUGCAGUACAUGGACCGCACAACGGCGGAAUGCCUCAAAGCAGCAUGCAAAAUGACAAGAGCAGUUGGGCAGCCAUCCCGUCAAUUCAAAAUGAAAGUGAGGCUCGUAGUAGAGGAUGC